AUGGCCGUUGUAAGUGUAGCGUGCGUGUACCUGUCCCUGCUGGUCAGUUUGACCAAUGCCCAGUUCCAGUUGUCCUUCGGCACGCCCACCCCGCCCAAACCUACAACUCCACGACCCACUCUGCCGGGGGGAUUCGACCCAGCUUGCAGAGACAAAAUCAACAACUGCAAAAACUACGGUGCUGAUUCUUGUACUGGCAUUUACAAGGAGUGGGCCCAGAACAACUGCGAGUCAACAUGCGGAUUUUGCAAAUCUCUUCCAACUCAGCCACCGCAGUGUGUGGACAAACGGAGCGACUGUCAGGAUUUUGACGACUCAGCCUGCACAGACCCAAGUUACCGUUCUUGGGCUGAGGACAACUGCAGGCGUCAUUGCCGGCUAUGUACUGCCAGCCAGUUGAUGGCGCUAGAUGCAAUGACGACAAGAGCUACCACACUUCCGCCAAACCUUUGCGUGGACAAAGUGGAUUGCACCCGUUAUGGGCAGGACGCUUGUUCUGUGGACAAAUAUGGCAAAUGGGGCCAGGAGAACUGUGCACGAUACUGCGGCAUUUGUCAGGGUGUGGCCACACCCCCUCCUUUGUGUGUGGACAAGAACCCAGACUGUGCCAGGUACCAAUCGGACCUCUGUACCAACCCCGGGUUCAGUUCAUUCGCUGAGGAAAACUGUCGAAAGUUCUGUAACAAAUGUGGUAAGCUUGUUUCUGUAUAAGGCUUGUGGAACCUAAGUUUGUUCGUGUGUGUGUUGUUUUUUUGUUGUUUUGUGUGUGUGUG